AUGACUGUGCAAGUUUUAAAGAGAUUGCCUACUAAGGAAAGGAUACAUCAACUUCAAAAAUUAAGUUGUACUAUAUUUGGAGAAGAAUUCAAUCCAACUGGAAAAAGAUCGUUUGAUCAUUUAUUAAAAAGAGAAUUAGUAGGUCCACAAGUUGUUAAAUAUUAUGGUGACAACGAUUCAGUUCCAACAUUUAAGGAUUUUAAGAAAUGGUUCCCUGAAUUAAAACUUGUUGAUCCAAGAGAAGAAUAUAGACUCCAAAUGGCUGCAGCUAGAAGAGCUAGAAAUAAGGGUGCACCAAAGAAGAAAUCUAGUUAG